AUGGACUAUGGUGAUGGACACAACGGGACCAGGUGCUUUGCAGAGUACAUCCCUGAGAUCAUCACUGGCAGCAUCACACUGCUCACCUGCCUGUGUGGGCUGGUGGGGAAUGGGGCCAUCCUCUGGCUUCUGAGCUUCCACAUCCACAGGAACCCCUUCAGUGCUUACCUGCUCAACCUGGCUGUGGCUGACACUUGCUUCCUGCUCUGCACCUUCAUCUUCCUUGUCAUGUACCACAUGCCCAUGCUCAGCUGCUUCCAGACAGAGAUUUCGGGGGCUUUGCCGCUGUUCCACUCCAUGGUUCUGCUCACCUACAGCACCAGCCUCUACCUCCUCACAGCCAUCAGUGUGGAGAGGUGUGUGGGUGCCCUCUGGCCCUUCUGGUGCCGAUGCCACCGCCCAAGGCUCCUGUCACCCAUGGUGUGCAGUCUGCUGUGGGCCCUUGCCUGUGUACUUGCCGGGCUGGUGUACUUUGUGUGUGACCUGGGUCACUCUGAGCACUGCCGGGUGGUUCUGGGAACAUUGUGCUUCCUCAAUUUCUGCCUUUUCACUCCCUUUAUGGUUGUUUCCAACGUGAUUGUCUUCAUCAAGCUAAGGCAGAGCUCUUGGCAACAGCACCCAGUGAGGCUGUAUGCUGUGAUCUUCCUCACGGUGUUCUUCUUCCUCCUCUUUGGCAUCCCACUCAGCAUCGAGAUAUUCCUCAACUUCUUUGCCUACAUUAAUUUUGUCUUUGAGAUCUGCCUGUCACUGGCGUCUGCCAACAGCAGCAUCAAUCCUGUUAUUUAUGUCCUGGUUGGAAUCUAUGGGAAGCCCAGGCUCAGGUCAUCCAUCAAAGUGGCUCUCCAGAGGGUAUUUGAAGACAGGACAGAUUCCCAAGAGGUGGGUGAGGCACCUGUGAUGAGAACUGCUGCCUAA